CGGACGUCUCUUAACGUGCAACGUGAAUUGGGCAAAAUGUUGCCCCGAAACAAAAAAAUUGGACUCCUUUUAUUAGGUUUAGUGUUCUACUUAGUCGGCAGUGAAAUUGUUGUUGUCUCUGCACUUCAAUGUAGUCAUUGUGAAGGCGACGAUUGUGACGAUCCAAUCGUGAGAGAUUGCACCAAUGAGACUGAUCAGUGUUAUAUACGGCUCGAGGAUAACCUCAACUUCGUUGGCAUGGGUUGCGCCUCGACCUUGGGGAAUGAGACUGAAAUCGCUAACUUAAUCAGAAAUAAAGAACUUUACGUUUGUUCGAAUGCGAAUUGUAAUGAUUUUGAAAAUUUACCACCAAUAAAUGAUUGCACCGCAUGCGACUCGUCGACCGAUGUGAGAUGCGCUAUUCAGCCUGCAACUGCAGGCACAACAAGACGUUGCGCUACUGUGCCCUUUACACAGUGUUAUGAGCGCGUCAAUAUCGCAAACGGUGGCACGACAGAGCGUGGUUGUCUCUUUGAACUGGAAGGUGAUGAUUUCUACGAUUGCCUUAGCGGAGAGGGUGAGAAUUGCAAAGUGUGCACGGGGAGUGGUUGCAAUACAGAGAUCGUGCCAAGCAAUCGUCAACAAUGUCAACGCUGUGACUCCGAUACGGAUAGCACCUGCAGCAGCUUGCCAUCGGCGCUCUCCACUUGCCCCACAUACGACGUAAAUGAUACAUGCGUCUCUGUCUAUGAGUCGGGUGUGACACGUCGAGGCUGCGCUAGUGAGUUCACUUGCGAUGUAACGGCUAGAAAUUGUGAAAUUUGCAAUGCAAAUGGCUGCAAUACGGCAAAUGUGCAGAAACGUGCCGGGGAAUUGUACGGUAUUUUCCAAGACUUGCCUUUGAAUUGUUAUACUUGCGCUGAUGAAGAUUGCGAGACGAGCAGAGGAUUAUUGCGCAAAUGUCAGGGUGUUUUAUAUCAAGAUUGUUUGACGGUCUUCGACGCGGCCGGGAAAGUAUUGGAACGCGGUUGUGAAGCAAGCAUUAGCACCGAGCAUCAGUCCUAUUGCGCCACAAAUCCAUCACUGUGUUUUAAUUGCAAAUCGAACGGUUGCAACAACCAAACCGAAGUGAAAACAAAAGAACAAUGUCUGUAUUGCGAUUCAGCCGUCAAUGCCGAUUGUGCAACGAAUAUUGAAGCGAUCACAAGCACACGCGAAUGCGUGGAUGGCUGCGUGACCGCGUUGUAUGAGCGCAAAUCAAAACCGAAUGUGUUCGAUCUGGCGCGCACCUGCUUCGAGGAUGUUGAGUUCGAUGCUCGCGAGACUUGCACAGCGGCGAAUAAUUGUGUCCAAUGCACCGGCGAGAAAUGUAAUACAGCGCUAGUGCCGGCCGAAGGACGUCUCUCUUGUUUGCACUGCAACGGUGAUGAUUGUGACAGUCCGGUCUCAAGUGUUUGUAGCACUUACUCUGCGAGCGACCAAUGUUAUAUAUUCUUUGAUAAUGUAACAAACAGCGCUGUGCGCAUGGGUUGCAAGAGCAGUUUGCCAGCUGGCGCAAUUUACGCGGAUAUCCUGCAUUACUUCCUCUGCGAUGGUGACGAUUGCAAUGAUUACGACAAUUUACCGGAAGCUCAUAUAUGUUAUGAUUGCGAUUCGGCGACGGAUGUGAAUUGUGCCAUUAGCCCUUCAGCCAUUACAAGUCAAGUGAGAUGUCAAAUUCAUCCGCAUACCGACUGCUUUACGCGCAUAAGCGAUGAUGGUCGGACUGUACGCGGCUGUAUUAGCACGCUGAAUAUAACGGAGUUCCUCAGCUGCCAUGAGGGCACACCCGGCGAGUACUGCAGAAUAUGCACGCAAAACAACUGCAAUGUGAACAUCUAUCCCAGUGAUCGUCAACGUUGCUACCGUUGCAAUUCCUUAGACGAUCCCGAUUGCGCCAAUAAUCCCGACAAUAGUAAUUAUUCUGCCUGUCCGUUAUAUGACAGUGAUGAUGUUUGCGUGAGCAAAUUGAUCGGUGGCACUGUGCAUCGCGGUUGUGGCACCGAACUACAAUGUGAUGGUGGUACGAAUUCGAAGACUUGUCGUACGUGUGAGGACUUGUAUUGUAAUGAUUAUGUCUUUACGGAGUAUCCGAUUGGCGAUCCAGGCAUUUUCCAGGAAUUGCCGUUGAACUGUUACAAUUGCAAUGGCAACGAGGAAUGCAGCGGCAGUUUGGGCAAUGUGCGAAAAUGCUUAAAUAAUAAUUAUCAAACCUGUACAUCGGUAUUUAAUGCAACCAAUGGCGAAGUUAUUGGACGCGGUUGCAGCGAUACCUGGGCGGAGACGUGUGCCGAUGAUGAUCACCAGUGUUACGAUUGCAAAUCGAAUGGUUGUAAUGUGGCCAAGACGACAGAUGACUACAUCGAAUGUAUAUUUUGUGAUGCGCAAUUCGAUGAGAACUGCUUGACCGAUGUCAGUAAAAUCGUACAGAGGCGCGCUUGUUAUAAGAGUUGUGUAACGACUUUGUAUAAUCGCACCAACGACGACACGCCAGUGCGUGAGCUAAUACGUACCUGUCUCGAUGAUAUGGAUUUGGACGAUCGUGAAAUCUGUGCCGAUGGUAAAGAUGCCAAUUGCAAAGCAUGCGACGGAGAGUAUUGUAAUGAUGCCAUUGUUGGUGAACGCAUUUCGUGUUAUCAAUGUGUGGGCGAUGAGUGUCAAAGUCCUGUAGCAAAAACUUGUCGCGCUGUAACCGAAGGUGAUCAAUGCUUCGUAGAAUACGAUGAGACCAGAUCGAUUGUGGAAAUGGGUUGCAAGAGCAAGUACGAUCCGGCUGAGGUUAAGGAGCUUAUUAUAGCCAAACGUCUGUGGCUUUGUGAUGGUGAAAAUUGUAAUACUGUCGAUGCCACGCCAGUAAGUCAAAUUUGUGCCGUUUGCAAUUCGAUAACCGACGCGGACUGUGCGAUUGCGCCGCAAACUGUCACAUCGCAAACAACUUGCGCCAGAUCACCUUAUACGCAGUGUUAUUCGCGUGUGUUGAGUGACGGUCAUACGGAACGAGGCUGCUUGUCCAGCAUUGAGGGUGAAGAUUUCUACGAUUGUUUGCUGGGCGCAAAUACAACGAACUGCUUAGCUUGUGUUGGUAGCGGAUGCAAUUCAGCGAUCUACCCUGCAAAUCGUUUGUCCUGCCAUCAAUGUAGUUCCGAGGCUUCUUCGCAAUGUGAAAGCAAACCAGAUGUCGCCUACUUGUGUUUGAAAUACAGCGAAUCCCAACAAUGUGUCAGCACUAUUGAUAACUCCGGCUAUACUGUACGUGGUUGCAGCUUGGAAGUCACAUGCGGUUCUGAUGUAUGCGAGACUUGCAGCGGAGACGAUUGCAACGUGAGCAAUAUCAAGCGAAAACUCAGCGGUCGACCUGGUCAAUGGCAAGAGCUACCGCUGACUUGUAAGGUUUGUGAGGGCAAAAGCAAUUGCGCUGGCACACCAACGGAACUCGUUUGCACAGGCACCAAUGACUAUUGUAUGACAGUAUUCGACGAAGAUGAUAGUGUGUUGGCGCGUGGUUGCAGCAGCGGUAUUGAAGCUACGCAUGGUGCAUAUUGUGAUGUCAAUGCAGAUAAAUGUCAAAAUUGUAACUCGAACAAUUGUAAUACGGUCAGCGCUUUGACGGACUACGUUGAUUGUAUUUACUGUGAUUCGGCCAACAAUGCGAACUGUGUUUCACACCCUGAGAAUGUGAGCGAAUGGCGCAAGUGCAAUACAUAUUGCAUGACAGCAUUGCGUCCUAGACAAGCAUCUCCCGAGAUAUUUGAUUUGUCUCGUAGCUGUUUGGACGAUAAGGAAGCAGCCGAUCAGUUGAUCUGUCGUGAAGGUAGUAGCGACUGUGUGGCAUGCCAAGGCGCUGCCUGUAACACAGCAGUAUUGCCAGCUAACCGACGUUCCUGCUACACAUGUCAGGGUGAGCAUUGCGUUGAACCCGAAACCGCCGAAUGUACGGCAUACACGGAGAAUGAACAAUGCUAUGUUUUGUUCGACGAUGUGAGCGAUGUGCAGCGCAUGGGUUGUGUCAGCGAUUUGGACAGUUCAUAUAUAGCACAAAAUGAGCAUUUGUUGUUGCGCUGCAGCGAUGGCGAUAAUUGCAAUUCGUUUGAGAGCUUCCCCAAACCGAUCACUUGUUACCAGUGCGACUCGGCUGAUGAUGAGUCCUGCGCAAACGACCCAUCGACAAUACAGACAUUGGCAACAUGUGCCGCAUUGCCAAAUGUAGACUGCUAUACGCGCGUAAUCGCAGACGGUAGCACCCAACGCGGUUGCGUGAACACUCUUGCUAAGAUCGAGCUACUCAGUUGUCUGAGCGGAGACGAAAGCCUUUGUCAGACAUGUAAUGAUAGUCUCUGCAAUAAAGAGCUCUUCCCACAAGAUCGUCGCAGUUGUCAACGCUGCAAUUCCGAAGAUGAUGCAACUUGUCAAAGCUCUCCCAACGCCGCUUCAGUAUGUCCAAUCUAUAACGAAGAUGAAUUCUGUGCUACUAAAUUGGUUAACGGCUAUAUCUACCGCGGUUGCAGCUCCGAGUUUCAAUGUGACGUCACAAACAAGCUGUAUUGCCGUCAUUGCAAUUCCGAUAAUUGCAACACUGUGGACUUGACCAAUUUGGGUGGCUUGAAUAUCGGCAAGCCAGGUAAAUGGCAAGAUCUGCCAUUAACUUGCUACGAUUGCGAAGGGGACGAUUGCCGAAACUCGGCCGGUACACUGCACGAAUGCGAAAACAAUAACUUGCAAACUUGUCAAACUGUCUUUGGUGCUGAUGGUGCGGUGGUGCGACGCGGUUGUAGUGACGAUGUCUUGGCCACACAUGAGGAAUACUGUGAAGAUAAUACUGGCCAAUGUGUCGGCUGCAAAUCAAAUAAUUGUAAUAAUGCCACCAGUCUGGAUCAAUAUGUUGACUGCUACGCAUGUGACUCGGCGACUGACGCACAAUGUGCUUUAGACUUCGUGGCUGCAAACAGCGCACAGCGCCUAUGUCAAGGUCAUUGCGCUGUGGCAUUAUAUCCACGUAGUAGCUCCGCAAAUCCUUCUUACGAACUCGCACGCACAUGUUUGGAUGAUUUGGAGCUUGACGAUCGUGAGAAAUGUUUGGCGGGUGAGCAUGAGCUCUGUGUAGCAUGCGAGGGUGCGCUAUGCAACACUGCCUCUUUGCCGGCAAACAGACAUAAGUGCUACACUUGUGUGGAUAAUGAGUGCAUUGACUAUAAGGUGGCCGAAUGUAGCGCCUACCAACCGAAUGAUCAAUGUUACAUUAGCUUCGAUGCGGAAAACAGUAUCUUGGGCAUGGGUUGUCGCAGUGACUUGGAGUCGGAUGUCAUAACGGCAUUAAUUAAACAGAAGGUACUGUUAUUGUGUGAUGGUGAUGCAUGCAAUGGUGUGGAAUCAAUACCAACAGCUAAAACUUGCUCGGUGUGCGAUUCCGAGAGCGAUGAACGCUGUGCGACCAACCCCAACCUGGUGGCCGAUACGGAACGCUGUUCGAAUCUGCCGUACACCAAUUGCUACACUCGCGUAAAGGAGAAUGGUCAUACCGCACGCGGUUGUCUUUCCAACUUGUCCGAGGACACCUUCUACAACUGUCUCUACGACAACAGCACCCUCUGUGAGACUUGCAUCGGUGACAAAUGCAAUAAUUUGGAUGUUUAUCCAACAGACCGUAGGCAGUGCCAACAAUGUAGCUCCGAAACAGAUCCACUUUGCACCAGCACACCAAACAGCAACAAGAUCUGCCCGAUCUACGCUGAAAAUGAUGGUUGUGUCACGAAUCUGCGCGAUGGUAUCACGACACGUGGUUGCGCGUCCAGCAUGAGCUGUGACGAUGAAAGUGACAGAAAAACAUGCCGCAUUUGCACCACCAGCGGUUGUAAUACAGUGAACUUGGAGAAGUCACUAGAACAAGGCGAACCCGGCAAAUGGCAGGAUGUACCGAUUACAUGCCGCACUUGUGAAGGCGAAGAGGAUUGCGAGAGCCUAGGCAACUAUCGUGUUUGUACCAGCAAUUUAUACCAGAGCUGUAUGACAGUCUUCAAUACAAACGGUAAUGUGAUACAACGUGGCUGCAGUGACGCAGUCGAGGAAAACAAUAGCGCACUCUGCUCGGAGUACCCAGAAAAUUGUUUGCGCUGUAACUCGAAUGGCUGCAAUAACUCAACACGUUUGGCCGAUUACAUUGAUUGUAUUUACUGCGACACUGAUAGCAAUAUCAACUGUUUGAACAACGUUAUAGCGGUGACGCAGACACGUAAGUGUAAUACAUACUGCACGACAGCGCUCUACCCCAAAUAUGAUGAAGUCAACCCCGCCUACACAUUGGCACGCACAUGCUUUGACGAUUUGGAGUAUGAUGAUCGUGUAGCCUGCGUGGCCGGUCAAAAAGAACAUUGCCAAGUAUGCGCUGAGGCCAAUUGUAACACACAGUCGGUGCCGGAAACGCGACUAAGCUGUAAUGUGUGUAAGGGUGAUGAUUGCCAGGAUCCACAGCCGCAGUCAUGCGCCGCAUAUCGCGAGGGUGACCAAUGUUACAUACAAUUCGAUGAGCAGCGCAGCAUUGUCGGCUUCGGUUGCCGCAGUGAGUUCACCAAUGCCGAAGCUGACUAUCUGCUACAAAAUCAGCGCCUGUUCUACUGCGAUGGUGAUAAUUGCAACACCUUCGAUGCAUUACCAGCAGCACAGAGCUGUAAGCUUUGUAACUCACGUACUGAUUUGAAUUGUGCCACAAAUCCUAACAACGUCACAGCCACCACGCGUUGUACCUACUUGCCAUACACUGAAUGUUACACACGCAUACUGGACGGCGGCAUCACCGAGCGUGGCUGCCUGUCGAGUUUGUACGAUGACGAUUUCAGUGGCUGCUUAAAUGGCACCGCACCAUAUUGUCAGGCCUGCAAGGGUGACUCCUGCAAUAAUGAAGUGUACCCGGAAGAUCGACUUUCUUGCCAUAUUUGCGACUCUCUCACAGAUCCAACUUGCAAAAAUAAACCAAAUAGUGUGAGCGUUUGUCCGUUGCACGUCACCGGCGAUACCUGUGUCACAGCUUACAGUAAUGAUGUGACCUAUCGUGGCUGCAGCUCGAGCGUGCGUUGUGAUGCCUCCCAGCCGAGAUCUUGUUGGCAGUGUGAGGGCACUGCUUGUAAUACCAUCAAUUUGUCACGUAGACAAGAUGAUAACUAUGGCAAAUGGCAAGAUCUGCCAUUGAGUUGUCUCACAUGCAACAGCACAUCGUGUGCAGCUGUCAAUGGUGUAGAGUCUGUAACUUGUGCAAACAACAAUGAACAGGACUGCGUUACGGUGUUCCAAAGCGGUACGGUUGUCAGACGUGGCUGUGCCGAUGCUGUUGAAAAGGAAUAUGGCGACUACUGCGACAGUAAUCCGGUAGAUUGUUUGAACUGCAAGUCCAAUUCAUGCAACAAUGCAACGGCGUUGACACAAUACAACGAGUGCAUCUACUGUGACACACUAAAGAAUUUGUCGUGUUUGUGGAGCCCAGAAAGCGCGGCACACAAAACGCGUCAAUGUCAAGGUGGUUGCAUGACUGCGCUGUAUCCCUCGGAUAGUAGCAGCGAUCCCGGUUACGAACUGAUACGCACCUGCUUGGAUGACAAAGAGGCCGCUGAUCGCGCCAACUGUAACAAUAACCAAUGCCAGAGUUGCGUGGGUAGCAAGUGCAAUUCUGCAACGGUGCCGGCCGAGCGUCUGAGCUGUUAUCAGUGUGCAGGUGACGACUGUGAUGAACCCGAGCUGAAAUUGUGUCCUCUCUACAAGAGUGAAGACAAGUGCUUCACUUGGUUCGACGAGACUAACAGCGUUAGUCGAAUGGGUUGUGUGAGCUCGUUCCACGAUCAAGAAAUAAGCACCAUUAUCAGCACGAAGCGCGUGCUUGUAUGCGAGGGUGAGGCUUGCAAUUCUUUGAACAAUUUACCUAGACCACAGCAGUGCGCCGUUUGCAAUUCGGCAACGGAUUACACUUGCGCUACGAAUGCGCAGGAGAUAAACACAUUCAACACUUGCAACGUAUAUCCGUACACAAACUGCUACACCAAAUUGAUCAGCACGGAUGGUUCGACAACACGUGGGUGCUUGAGUGAUCUGCCAGCCGCUGAAUUCGUCGACUGUGUCUUGGGCAAUGAUAAGAACUGCAGUAUUUGUAUUGGAGAGGGUUGCAAUCGUGAGGUUUUCCCCGAGGAUCGCCAACUGUGUUAUACCUGUAAUAGCGAAGAUGACGAUUCCUGCCAAUCCAACCCAACACGUCUCUUGGCAUGCCCAUUCUUUACAGAGACUGAGAAAUGCCGCACCGCUGUAAGCAACAACGUUACGGUACGUGGCUGCAGCUCGGAGAUCUUGUGUGAUCUUAACGACAGAAACUGCGUAUCAUGCAAUGGCAGCGCCUGCAAUAGUAUCGAUUUGGUGAACCGUGCCGAAGACGAUGGCGUACAUGGUAUGUGGCAAGAGUUACCACUAAGAUGUCACACCUGUGAGGGCGAACACUGCCUGCAGUCGCUGGGACCAGCCUACGAAUGUACCCGUAAUACGGCACAAGACUGUGCGACUGUCUUCACAACGGACGGUGAUGUGAAACGUCGUGGCUGCUUCGACGAUGUGGAAAUCUACGAGCAACGCUAUUGUCGUGAGAAUCCACAUUUAUGUUUCAGCUGCAAAUCCAACGAAUGUAAUGAUGCCUGGGAUACGGCCGAUUAUAUUGAAUGUAAUUUCUGCACUUCCGAUACGAACCCAUUAUGCUCAACCGAUCCACAAAACGCUAACUUCACCAAACGCGCCUGCAAUAAGGAAUGUAUGGUGGCAAUUAAAGGCUCACAGGUGAUACGUUCCUGUUUGGAUGACAAGGAACUGUACCAUCGCAACGAGUGCCGUGGCGAUAGCGACGAAUGCUCGAGCUGCAGCACGCCCAAUUGUAAUGAUUUCAUUUAUCCCGAACUUCCUGAAAAUGACUUCAGCUGCCACGUCUGCAAUGACGCAUCAUGCCUCACGAGUGUCAGCCAACGUUGCGCGGUCGCCAAUGACUACUGUUUUGCCAAAUACGAGAAUGGACGUCCCGAACUCUUGGGCUGUGCCAGUUCGCAGAGUCAAAGCAAUCUAACGGCAUGGGAAGCGGAGAAUAAAUUAUACACAUGUACGGAGAAGGACUGUAAUAUACUCUCUAAUUUGCCAACCACAGGUGUACAGUGUGUAUCGUGUAAUUCGGAGCUCACGCCCGCAUGCGCACAAAACCCAACCGCAGUAGCAGCCACCGCCUCAUGUCCAGCACUCCAAACUCAAUGUGUCACGAAUGUGAAUAACGCUGGCCAUACAUUGCGCGGUUGUCUGAGCGAUCUGGCGCAAAAUGAUCAAACGGCAUGUGCAAUUAACGGCACAUGCAGCAUAUGUAUUGGCGACAGAUGUAACAAUGUGCUCUUCCCCAGCAAUCGCCUUAGAUGCCACAUAUGUAUCUCCUCGGUCGAUGAGAGUUGCUCUAGGGAACCCAAUCAUCUACAGGUCUGUCCGAUCUACUCGUCCACCGAUCAGUGUGUGACCAGACAUGAUACGUACACGGAGCGCGGUUGCAAAUCGCAAAUCACAUGUGACCUCAGUGAUGGCCAGACAUGCAAUAUUUGCUCGGGUGACGGCUGUAAUACAGUCGAGCUGACCGGUGGCGCCACCGUGCUGUCUACAGUUAGCCUAUUGACGACAUUAGUACUCGCUAUUGUUGCAAUGUUAGUGAUUACAUAGAUUUAGUUAAGCGAAAGGAGUCCAAUUUAAAGCGUAAAUAAUUAACGAAAGCACAAAGAAUAUUUACUACUUACGUAACACUUUAGCAUAAAUAUAACGGUUUGUAUAUAAUACUUAGCGUAAAGAAAGGAAGCAAUAAUACUUGAAAUUUUAUUUUUAAAAUCAUCAAAGUGUUCCAGUGGUAGCACUAAGCGUACAUAUAUGUAUAUGAAAGAAACAUUUAAUAGAGGCAUAUGUACAUACAUAUAUAAAAUUAAUAUCUUGCUUUUGUAUAACUGAAAUAAUGUGAAAUUACGUGUCUAUAUAUUUCGUAUAGAUUCGCGCAUUCAUUAUUUGAACACUAAUAAAUGUACAUAGU